AUGUCAUUCUAUACCUCCAGUUAUCAUUAUGUUAGAUUAUUCAUUCAUUUCUAUACUCUCACCAAGGCUUUCUGUCAUUGUUGUCAUUAUCCUUGUUAUUAUUCAUUCAUUUCUAUACCUUCACCAGAUACUUCUGUCAUUGAUCAUUAUCCUUUUAUUAUUCAUUCAUUUCCUUCCUACUUUGUCAUUGUUGAAAUACUUGCUGUCAUUGUUGGCGUUAUCCUUGUUAUUAUUCAUUCAUUUCUAUACCUUCACCAGAUACUUGCUGUCAUUGUUGUCAUUAUCCUUGUUAUUAUUCAUUCAUUUCUAUACCUUCACCAGAUACUUGCUGUCAUUGUUGUCAUUAUCCUUGUUAUUAUUCAUUCAUUUCCUUGCCUUCACCAGAUACUUGCUGUCAUUGUUGUCAUUAUCCUUGUUAUUAUUCAUUCAUUUCUAUACCUUCACCAGAUACUUGCUGUCAUUGUUGUCAUUAUCCUUGUUAUUAUUCAUUCAUUUCUAUACCUUCACCAGAUACUUGCUGUCAUUGUUGUCGUUAUCCUUGUUAUUAUUCAUUCAUUUCUAUACCUUCACCAGAUACUUGCUGUCAUUGUUGUCGUUAUCCUUGUUAUUAUUCAUUCAUUUAUAUACCUUCACCAGAUACUUGCUGUCAUUGUUAUCGUUAUCCUUGUUAUUAUUCAUUCAUUUCUAUACCUUCACCAGAUACUUGCUGUCAUUGUUAUCGUUAUCCUUGUUAUUAUUCAUUCAUUUCUAUACCUUCACCAGAUACUUGCUGUCAUUGUUAUCAUAUUAGCUUUCAUUGUUGUCAUUAUCCUUGUUAUUAUUCAUUCAUUUCUAUACCUUCACCAAAUACUUGCUGUCAUUGUUAUCGUUAUUCUUGUUAUUAUUCAUUCAUUUCUAUACCUUCACCAGAUACUUGCUGUAAUUGUUGUCGUUAUCCUUGUUAUUAUUCAUUCAUUUCUAUACUUUCACAAGAUAAUUGCUGUCAUUAUCCUUUUUAUUAUUCAUCAUUUUAUCAGAUACUUGCUAUACUUUGCUGUCAUUGUUAUUCAUUAUCCUUGUUAUUAUUCAUUUAUUUCCUAUCAUUCUUCACCAGAUACUUGCUGUCAUUGUUGUCAUUAUCCUUGUUAUUAUUCAUUCAUUUCUAUGCCUUCACCAGAUACUUGCUGUCAUUGUUGUCAUUAUCCUUGUUAUUAUUCAUUCAUUUCUAUGCCUUCACCAGAUACUUGCUGUCAUUGUUGUCAUUAUCCUUGUUAUUAUUCAUUCAUUUCUAUACUUUCACCAGAUACUUCUGUCAUUGUUGUCAUUAUCCUUUUUAUUAUUCAUUCAUUUCUAUGCCUUCACCAGAUACUUGCUGUCAUUGUUGUCAUUAUCCUUGUUAUUAUUCAUUCAUUUCUAUACCUUCACCAGAUACUUGCUGUCAUUGUUGUCAUUAUCCUUGUUAUUAUUCAUUCAUUUCUAUACCUUCACCAGAUACUUGCUGUCAUUGUUGUCGUUAUCCUUGUUAUUAUUCAUUCAUUUCUAUACCUUCACCAGAUAAUUGCUGUCAUUGUUAUCAUAUUAGCUUUCAUUGUUGUCAUUAUCCUUGUUAUUAUUCAUUCAUUUCUAUACCUUCACCAGAUACUUGCUGUCAUUGUUGUCGUUAUCCUUGUUAUUAUUCAUUCAUUUCUAUACCUUCACCAGAUACUUGCUGUCAUUGUUGUCAUUAUCCUUGUUAUUAUUCAUUCAUUUCUAUACCUUCACCAGAUACUUGCUGUCAUUGUUGUCGUUAUCCUUGUUAUUAUUCAUUCAUUUCUAUACCUUCACCAGAUACUUGCUGUCAUUGUUGUCGUUAUCCUUGUUAUUAUUAUUCAUUCAUUUCAUUGUUAUAUCCUUGUUAUUAUUUCAUUUCCACCUUCACCAGACUUGCUGUCAUUGUUGUCAUUAUCCUUGUUAUUAUUCAUUCAUUUCUAUACCUUCACCAGAUACUUGCUGUCAUUGUUGUCAUUAUCCUUGUUAUUAUUCAUUCAUUUCUAUACCUUCACAGAUACUUGCUGUCAUUGUUGUCAUUAUCCUUGUUAUUAUUCAUUCAUUUCUUAUACCUUCACCAGAUUCUUUACUUGCUGUCAUUGUUGUCAUUAUCCUUUGUUAUUAUUCAUUCAUUUCUAUACCUUCACCAGAUAUUUGCUAUAUUUUGCUGUCAUUGUUGUCAUUAUUAUUUAUUAUUCAUUCAUUUCUAUACCUUCACCAGAUUGUCAUUGUUGUCAUUAUCCUUGUUAUUAUUCAUUCAUUUACCUUCACCAGAUACUUGCUGUCAUUGUUGUCAUUAUCCUUGUUAUUAUUCAUUCAUUUCUAUACCUUCACCAGAUACUUGCUGUCAUUGUUGUCGUUAUCCUUGUUAUUAUUCAUUCAUUUCUAUACCUUCAACAGAUACUUGCUGUCAUUGUUAUCGUUAUCCUUGUUAUUAUUCAUUCAUUUCUAUACCUUCACCAGAUACUUGCUGUCAUAGUUGUCGUUAUCCUUGUUAUUAUUCAUUCAUUUCUAUACCUUCACCAGAUACUUGCUGUCAUUGUUAUCGUUAUCCUUGUUAUUAUUCAUUUAUUUCUAUAUUUUCACCAGAUACUUGCUGUCAUUGUUUAUCGUUAUCAUUCUUCUUAUUAUUCAUUUCAUUUCUAUGACUUCACCAGAUACUUUGUCAUAGUUGUCGUUAUCCUUGUUAUUAUUCAUUCAUUUCUAUAUCCUUUUUAUUAUUCCUUCACCAGAUACUUGCUGUCAUUGUCAUUCGUUAUUUGUUUAUUUUCGUUAUCCAUUAUACUUGCUGUCAUUGUUGUCGUUAUCCUUGUUAUUAUUCAUUCAUUUCUAUACCUUCACCAGAUACUUGCUGUCAUUGUUGUCAUUAUCCUUGUUAUUAUUCAUUCAUUUCUAUACCUUCACCAGAUACUUGCUGUCAUUGUUGUCAUUAUCCUUGUUAUUAUUCAUUCAUUUCUAUACCUUCACCAAAUACUUGCUGUCAUUGUUAUCGUUAUUCUUGUUAUUAUUCAUUCAUUUCUAUACCUUCACCAGAUACUUGCUGUCAUUGUUGUCGUUAUCCUUGUUAUUAUUCAUUCAUUUCUAUACCUUCACCAGAUACUUGCUGUCAUUGUUAUCGUUAUCCUUGUUAUUAUUCAUUCAUUUCUAUACCUUCACCAGAUACUUGUUAUUAUUCAUUGUUGUCGUUAUCCUUGUCAUUUAUUAUUCAUUCAUUUCUCAUAUACCUUCACCAGAUACUUGCUGUCAUUGUUAUCGUUAUCAUUGUUAUUAUUCAUUCAUUUCUAUACCUUCACCAGAUAUUUUUGUCAUUGUUAUCGUUAUCCUUGUUAUUAUUCAUUCAUUUCUAUACCUUCACCAGAUACUUGCUAUCAUUGUUAUCGUUAUACUUGUUAUUAUUCAUUCAUUUCUAUGCCUUCACCAGAUAAUUGCUGUCUGUUAUUAUUCAUUGUUGUCGCUGUUAUCGUUAUCUUAUUAUUAUUUCAUUCAGAUAUUUGUUAUCGUUAUCCUUGUUAUUAUUCAUUUCAUUUCUAUACCUUCCAGAUACUUGCUGUCAUUGUUGUCGUUAUCCUUGUUAUUAUUCAUUCAUUUCUAUACCUUCACCAGAUACUUGCUGUCAUUGUUGUCAUUAUCCUUGUUAUUAUUCAUUCAUUUCUAUACCUUCACCAGAUACUUGCUGUCAUUGUUAUCGUUAUCCUUGUUAUUAUUCAUUCAUUUCUAUGCCUUCACCAGAUACUUCAUUGUCAUUGUUGUCGUUAUCCUUGUUAUUAUUCAUUCAUUUCUAUACCUUCACCAGAUACUUGCUGUCAUUGUUGUCAUUGUUAUUCAUUCAUUUCAUUAUCUGUCAUUAUACUUGCUGUCAUUGUUGUCGUUAUCCUUGUUAUUAUUCAUUCAUUUCUAUACCUUCACCAGAUACUUGCAUUCUGUCAUUGUUAUUCAUUCAGUUCAUUCUUGUUAUUAUUUAUUCAUUCAUUUCUAUACCUUCAUUUCUAUGCCUUUCACCAGAUACUUGCUGUCAUUGUUGUCGUUAUCCUUGUUAUUAUUCAUUCAUUUCUAUACCUUCACCAGAUACUUGCUGUCAUUGUUGUCGUUAUCCUUGUUAUUAUUCAUUCAUUUCUAUACCUUCACCAGAUACUUGCUGUCAUUGUUAUCGUUAUCCUUGUUAUUAUUCAUUCAUUUCUAUACCUUCAACAGAUACUUGCUGUCAUUGUUGUCGUUAUCCUUGUUAUUAUUCAUUCAUUUCUAUACCUUCACCAGGUACUUUCUGUCAUUGUUGUCAUUAUCCUUGUUAUUAUUCAUUCAUUUCUAUACCUUCACCAGGUAUUUGCUGUCAUUGUUGUCGUUAUCCUUGUUAUUAUUCAUUCAUUUCUAUACCUUCACCAGAUACUUGCUGUCAUUAUACUUGCUUUCAUUGUUGUCAUUAUCCUUGUUAUUAUUCAUUCAUUUCUAUACCUUCACCAGAUACUUGCUGUCAUUGUUGUCGUUAUCCUUGUUAUUAUUCAUUCAUUUCUAUACCUUCACCAAAUACUUGCUGUCAUUGUUAUAGUUAUUCUUGUUAGUAUUCAUUCAUUUCUAUACCUUCACCAGAUACUUGCUGUCAUUGUUAUCGUUAUCCUUGUUAUUAUUCAUUCAUUUCUAUACCUUCACCAGAUACUGUCAUUGUCAUUGUCAUUUCAUUAUCAUUGUUAUUAUUCAUUCAUUUCUAUACCUUCACCAGAUACUUGCUGUCAUUGUUGUCGUUAUCCUUGUUAUUAUUCAUUUUCAUUUCUAUACCUUCACCAUUAUCCUUGUUAUUAUUCAUUCAUUUCUGUCAUUGUUGUUAUCGUUAUUCUUGUUAUUAUUCAUUUAUCCAUUUUGUUAUUAUUCAUUCAUUUCUAUAUUCCUUCACCAGUUGUCAUUAUCCUUGUUGUCAUUGUUGUCCUUGCCUUAUCCUUGUUAUUAUUCAUUCAUUUUAUUAUACCUUCACCAGAUACUUGCUGUCAUUGUUGUCGUUAUCCUUGUUAUUAUUCAUUCAUUUCUAUACCUUCACCAGAUACUUGCUGUCAUUGUUGUCAUUAUCCUUGUUAUUAUUCAUUCAUUUCUAUACCUUCACCAGAUACUGUCAUUGUUGUCAUUAUCCUUUGUUAUUAUUCAUUCAUUUCUUACCUUCACCAGAUACUUGCUGUCAUUGUUGUCGUUAUCCUUGUUAUUAUUCAUUCAUUUCAUUAUUUGUAUACCUUCACAGAUCAACAGAUACUUGCUGUCAUUGUUGUCGUUAUCCUUGUUAUUAUUCAUUCAUUUCUAUACCUUCACCAGAUACUUGCUGUCAUUGUUGUCGUUAUCCUUGUUAUUAUUCAUUCAUUUCUAUACCUUCACCAGAUACUUGCUCAUUCAUUGUUGUCAUUAUCCUUGUUAUUAUUCAUUCAUUUCUAUACCUUCACCAGAUACUUGCUAUACUUGCUGUCAUUGUUGUCGUUAUCCUUGUUAUUAUUCAUUCAUUUCUUUACCUUCACCAGAUACUUGCUGUCAUUGUUGUCAUUAUCCUUGUUAUUAUUCAUUCAUUUCUAUACCUUCACCAGAUACUUGCUGUCAUUGUUUGUCAUUAUCCUUGUUAUUAUUCAUUCAUUUUCUAUGCCUUCACCAGAUACUUGCUGUCAUUGUUGUCGUUAUCCUUUUAUUAUUCAUUCAUUUCUAUACCUUCAACAGAUACUUGCUGUCAUUGUUGUCGUUAUCCUUGUUAUUAUUCAUUCAUUUCUAUACCUUCAACAGAUACUUGCUGUCAUUGUUGUCAUUAUCCUUGUUAUUAUUCAUUCAUUUCUAUACCUUCACCAGAUACUUGCUGUCAUUGUUAUCGUUAUCCUUGUUAUUAUUCAUUCAUUUCUAUACCUUCACCAGAUACUUGCUGUCAUUGUUGUCAUUAUCCUUUUUAUUAUUCAUUCAUUUCUAUACCUUCACCAGAUACUUGCUGUCAUUGUUGUCAUUAUCCUUGUUAUUAUUCAUUCAUUUCUAUACCUUCACCAGAUACUUGCUGUCAUUGUUGUCAUUAUCCUUGUUAUUAUUCAUUCAUUUCUAUACCUUCACGAGAUCCUUUUCACUGUUGAGAGUGCCCUUCCUCUCAACUUGCUAACCAUUACCCUCUCUCUUUCUCCCUUAUAUUCCUACGUCUUCCGUACUUUUUUCUUUAUGAUUUUUUCUCUAUCUCUCCCUCCGUCUCUCCAACUCUUCCCUCCGUCUCUCUCUCUCCCACUCUCUCUCUCUCUCUCACUCUCUCUCUUUGUUUCUUAUCAUCGUUGUAGCUUUGUUGUUCCAACCAAUUUGGUAAGCCCGCCAACGCUAAUAGAUUUGUUGUUCGUUCUUUAA